GGCGCACUCAGUUAACCGUAUUCGUGACAGCGCGACGUUUCAAUGUGUUUUGUGAUUUGUGAUUAGUGAAUAUGUUCUGUGCCCCGAGAGAAUGAAAUGCAGGGCAGUGCAACUGUAGUAUCCAAAAAGUUUCCCGUGAUCCUUGGAAAAAUACUUUUACGCUGGGUCUUCACUAAGGCAGACUUGGUCUUCUUCAUUUAUCGUAUAGUUUGGUAUGCGUUCUAUGCUCGGUCAUCAAUGAACAGCAGUGUGGAUUUCUUUGAAAGCCUCAUUGAUGAAGACGGUCGGUUUUCGGAACUGAACUGUCAAGAGCCGACACAACGAGCACCAAGACGACGUCCAAUCGUACAGAGAAUUCGACCCCAAAUACAAGCUGAAAAUGUCAACAAUGGUGGUGGAUUAUCAGUGUCUCCACCAAACACAAUAUCUCAAAGGGAGUUGACAACACUGGUAUCCCAUUGCUACAAUGUGCCAACAUCCCCAUGCGGCUCUACAAGCUCCACUCCUUCGCCCACAGCCCUACCUACAACUCCCCCAGGCACAGCUACCCUUGACCCCAAUUGGCAAGCAACAAAAGUCACAAUUAGAGAUAGAAAUGCAGCUAUGUUCAACAAUCAACUUAUGGCUGAUGUGACAUUCAUCGUUGGACCUCCAGGUCAUAUCCAAGUUAUUCCAGCUCAUAAGUAUGUCCUAGCAACUGGCAGUUCCGUAUUUUAUGCUAUGUUUUAUGGAGGAUUAGCAGAGUGCAAGCAAGAGAUAGAGGUACCUGACGUGGAACCUUCUGCUUUUCUAACUCUACUCAAAUACUUAUACUGUGAUGAAAUUCAAUUGGAAGCUGAUACAGUGCUAUCAACACUAUAUGUAGCAAAGAAGUACUUUGUCCCACAUGUAGCAAGAGCAUGUGUAAACUACUUAGAAACUAGUCUUACAGCAAAAAAUGCAUGUUUGCUCUUAAGUCAAUCUAGAUUAUUUGAGGAACCAGAAUUGAUGCAAAGGUGUUGGGAAGUAAUUGAUGCACAGGCUGAAAUGGCACUCACAUCAGAUGGGUUUAUUGAUAUUGAUGUAUCAACUCUGGAAUCAGUACUAGCAAGAGAAACCUUAAACUGCAAGGAAAUUAAUCUUUUUGAGGCUGCCUUGGCUUGGGCACAAGCUGAAUGUGUCCGUCGGGAAAUAGAACCAACACCAAGUAAUAAGAGGGCUAUGCUUGGCAGUGCCAUAUAUUUAGUAAGGUUUCCAACUAUGACUUUGGAAGAGUUUGCUAACAGUGCUGCUCAACUUGAAAUUCUUACUCCUCAAGAAACUAUAGAUAUUUUUUUACAUUUCACUGCGGCUACCAAACCACAGUUGUCAUAUCCAAUAAAAGCAAGAGCUGGUCUUAAGGCUCAGAUAUGUCACCGAUUCCAGUCAUGUGCAUACCGAAGCAACCAAUGGCGGUACAGAGGAAGAUGUGAUUCUAUACAAUUUUGUGUGGAUAAAAGAAUAUUUGUUGUAGGCUUUGGUUUAUAUGGUUCCUCUAAUGGUGCAGCAGAUUACAAUGUCAAAAUUGAAUUAAAAAGGUUAGGACGAGUCCUUGCUGAAAACAAUACAAAAUUCUUUUCUGAUGGAUCAAGUAGCACAUUCCAUGUAUACUUUGAAAAUCCUAUACAAAUUGAGCCUGAAUGUCUAUACACCGCAUCUGCAGUGCUUGAUGGAAGUGAACUAAGUUACUUUGGUCAGGAAGGCUUGACUGAAGUUUACAUGGGAACUGUCACAUUCCAAUUUCACUGUUCUUCUGAGAGCACAAAUGGAACAGGUGUACAAGGAGGCCAAAUUCCAGAACUAAUUUACUAUGGUCCCACAGUAAAUGGAGCAAUAGUUAAUUGUAAUACAAAUGAUGACUGACAAUCAAUAAGUAAACGUCCCCUAAACUACUACUCUGUUUAGUGUAAUGAUGAAAAUUCCCAACUUCUUGCAAAAAUUGUGGACUUCAAAGAUUUUGCAUCAUUCUUAAUGUUAAAUUAUUGAGUAAAAAUUGUGUAUAUUAUGUAUUGUUAACGAUGAUUAUUAGUAACUUAAGUACCAUAAUGUGAUAUGGGUGUUGUAUAAAGGCUCUCUAAAAAUUUUAAGUUUCUCUUAGGACUACAACUUAUUUACAAUAAAUAUUU